GAAUAGUUGAACACAUGGGUGUGGUUGUAGAAAUACAACAAUUAGAUCAUUCAGAUACUGGUGGUGACGGUUGGUCAAUGAAAAUUGGGGACGCUAAACCCGUACUUGUUGAUUGUAGACUUGGUGAUAGCAUUAGUAUCAAUGGUGCUUGUUUGACGGUAACCGACUUUGGCACUGAAUGGUUCAAAGUUGGUCUUUCGCCUGAAACACUUCGAAGAACUAAUCUUG